AUGACUUCUCACAGAAAACGAAACGUGUUGAGUGAAGAUAAGAUAAUAACUGAACUAUUUGAUGAUAAUUUGUCAGAUCUUCCAAGUGAAGGUGGAGAUUCUGAUGUGGAUUCUGUUGUGCUCUCAACUGAUUCUGAAACAGAAAGUGAUGAUGAUGAUUCUACAAAUGUUCCUGUUCUUGAUUUGUUUUCCCGUUGUUAUAAUGAUAAUUGGUCACAAAUAGAUAUUCCACCGAACUUGGAAAUGCUUGAAGGAAAUCCAGGAGUCAUUAUAACUCCAUCCGAGCCCGAAAGUAUUGCUGCCGUGACAAGUCUAAUGUUUGGUGACGACUUGUUUGAAAUGUUUUAUCAGGAAAUGUGUACCUACCAUAAUCAAACUGCAGAGAAACAUAAAAUGUCAUCUAAAGGACUUCAAUGGUCUGAAGUUACACCUACAGACUUGAGGAAAUUUCUAGGCUUUCUUCUACUAAUGGGACAGACAAGGAAAUAUAACUGGAAAGAUUAUUGGUCAACAGAUCCUCUUUUGAUUAACCCAGUAUUUUCGCAGGCAAUGAUCCGAAACAGAUUUGAACAUUUUGGCAUUUCAAUGAUAAUCAGAAAAUGGAUAAGUCUUCAGACAGGCUCUUCAAAAUUCAACCAGUACUGGAUUAUUUCCUCGAUAAAUUCAAGACACUAA